GCGGGGCCGUGUCACCGCGCACGGCCGGGCCUUGCUACCCCCCCGAGAGAUCAGAGGGGCCCCUUCCCCGGCUUCACCCCUGGCUUUUACACCCCCCCCCCCGGUUUCACAGCUGUCACCGGGCUGCGGCGCCCAAGGGGACGUGGCGUGGCUUGGCUUCGCGGGCCGCUCGCCCCCGGCGCUGCGAGAGGGAAGAGUCCACCUUUCCGAAGGGAUUUGACAUGUCCUCGUCGGUGCCAGACACCUUUGUUUCUCCGCAGGCGGCAGCUCCUCUGCUGGGAAGCGUGUUUUUGGCGCCCAGAUUUCAGUGGCACGGCCCCCCCGUGAGUCCUGAGGGCGGCUGGAGCAGGGAAGAGCACCAGCAGUUGCCUGGGCUCGUGCUGGACACAAAAAACUCAAGGAUGCCCGGAGAGCGGGAAGUGCCUCUGUUGCAGAGACUUUGUGUCUAACAAGCCAGAGGCUUGCAAGGGGAUUCCAGAGUCAUGGAGUUAAGACUGUGAAGGAUUCAGGUCGUUACCUGCACAUUAAACAGUCUCCGGUUACAUCUGCCACCACUGUGGGAGUCAAACAUUAGGGAGUCCUAAUGCCCAUCCAAAAUAAUUCCAUUUCCCACCCUAUGUUUUAAACUCAUGUCACUCCUCACUGAGGCUUUUUAACCGAGGAGGGUUCCUUUUCCUCCUGUCACCCUGACAAUUCCCCAUCUCCAUCCUUUCCCAGGAUGCUGAGCAUAGAGUUACACUGGACAAACAUGGAUCAGUUAUGUUGAUUUGUUUUGCAGAGCCACACGUCUGAUUUAAAAAUUCUUAGACAUGGAUUGAUCAGGAUCGGGAUGUUUUUAGUCAAAAAAGCGCAUCAGUGUUGAAUAAAGGCCCUCCCUUUAACCAUUAUAGUUUGUGGUAUGUAUCUGAUAAGCUUAGGAGACAGUUAACAAAGUCCUUGCAGGUGGAUGCUGCUCCACGAGUGGAGCAGUGUGGAUCAGGCAACUCUUAUCCCAAUCCAUUUGCAAGGGAAGAGGAGUGAAAAUACCAUUCUGGAAUUACACGGGGCUCGGAGGUCACACUGUUAAUCGUUAACUAGAUAAUGUUCGCGUUAACUUGACAAUGUUCACCCAAACAGACGUGGUGGAACAGGUGGAAACGCGCCCAUGUCAGCGGCUCUGCUUGCCCUCAGCCGCCAUGUUGGUUCGGGGGCGGGAACACCAGUUUUGUUCGCGGCGCUAUGACACAACCCCGAGAUUGCCCCGAGACCCCUUUCAGGCCGGUUAAGAAGCGAACUGGAGGCUUUUAACCAGCCCCCGGCAAGGGGUUACCCCUCUCCGGACAGCGAGCACACGCCAGGAGAGGGGGAAAGCGCACCCGCGGAACGCCAGGCCCAGGGCACGACGGGCGGGUGGACGGCAGUAAAGGGAACACCGUCCUCGGUCUCGGGGAGCGAGUUCCGCGGGGAACGCUUUGGGCGCUGCACCGCGGCGGCUCGGCAAGAUGGCGGCGCCCAGCGCCCGCUGCCUGUGGAGAGCACUGGCCCCGCAGCGCGGGUGGGUCCGCGCCGGGCUGGAGCAGCGCCUCGCCGCCCCCACCGUGGUGAGCGCCGCGACCGCCCGGCCCUUCGCGGCGGCAGCCAAACCUGCCAAAAAAGGUGCCCAGUGGACCAAGCAGGAGAAAGCCAAGGACAAACCCUCCCGCCGGCGGCGGCCGCUGAUGACGAAGCCCGUGGACGACGUGUACCUGACGUGGCUCUACCGGCGCCCCUUCUACGACCUGGAGCAGGCCGUGGGCAUGCUGAAGAAGUUCCAGCAGCUGGACUUCACUCACCCCAAGCAGUUUGUCUAUAUCAAUGUGUUCCUGGAUAUGGCCCUGAAGAAGAAAAAGCUGGAUCCUUUCUCGGGUGCCGUCGCCCUUCCCCAUCGCUUUACGGAUGAAGUGAAUAAGGUUUUGGUUUUCACAGAGAAUGAGCAAGAAGCUGAAAUAGCUCGGGAGAGUGGAGCUGAGAUCGUGGGGGGACUUGAAUUAAUGAAAUGGAUCUUGGAGGAUGAAAUCCAAGCAGAUUUCUAUGUGGCUGUUCCUGCCAUAAUACCCAAGCUAGUACCACUGAGGAACAAACUGAAACGGAAAUUCCCGAGCACCAGAAAAAAUUCCCUGGGCAGUGAUAUUCCCAAAAUGGUGCAGCUCUUCAGAGAAUGUCACGAGUACGCCGUGCAAGACGAGAGUGUAAUCAAGACAAGGAUAGCCAGGCUGGAUAUGCCUACUGAGCACAUAAUUGCCAAUCUAAAGGCAGUUAUCCAUGAUAUCUGCACCUUCAAGCCACCACCUUAUGAUCCCAUUGUGCAGAGGUUGGUGAUCAGAUCUUCAACCAGUGAAGGUUUGCAAGUGAACCUCGAUGGAAUCUUACCUCAAGUGGAGAAAGCAGAAGAAAAGGAAGAAGAAGAAGAAGAAAGAAGCGCAGAUGACGAGGAUGAAGCAGAAAAACCUGUCCAGGAACCCGUUAGUACCUGAGGUCUUUCCUUGUAGAUCUGACGGUCACGCUUGGGAAGCAAAGGGUGUCGUUCAAAUCAUGCUCUGUGGAAACAAAAAAUAAAUGGAACUCGUGAAUUUCA